UUCUUCGUAGCUUCGAGCGCUUGAUGCUCAUCGGAAAGAAAAUCGAUUUUUAUUUACAAAACACAAGUGGAAGUUUUCCGAUAAACAAAGAUACUCUUGUAUGUUUUACUAUCGCGCAAAAAAAACGAUACUAUGUAGUGCGCAGACACACCGGAAUUAUACUUUAGUCUCAGUGAUAUUAAGAUCUCCAGUCCAAAUCGAUAGCAAACGUACAAUUUACGCAAUUUGUUGUUUUGCUACUUCCUGCUAUACCAUCGUUUUGUGAGAAAUUACCCGCUGUAACCGCCGAAUGGAAGAGAUUCCGCUUCAGAAUGGCCACACAGCGACAAUCAUCGAUAUGGACUUUUGUCGGCUUUGUCUAUGUCGGAACGGCGUUGAUUUGAUGAGUGUAUUCAGCGAGAACAUCACUGCACGGGGGGAAGAGCCGUUGAGUGUGAAAAUACAUCGCUUUUUCGAUGUACAGAUCAAUGAGACGGAUCUUCUGUCCACUCAGAUAUGCAAGCAAUGUUUACAACAGACAGAAAACUUUUUGAUGUUUCGCGAGAACUGCAUUCGGAAUGAUCGGAAACUUCGGGAGCUAAUUGCGGUACCUGAACCAGCACAGGAGUGCUCUUUUAAACACGAAGAACGAAUUAUUGAGGAUGAUCAAGACGUUGGUGAGGCAGAUGAGGAAGAAGACCCUCCAGAAACGAUAGUGGUCGAUCCGACAAAGGAUUACGAGAGUUCCAAUCAAAGUUUGCAGGAGAUUUUUUCCGACGAGGAAGAGAACGAAGAUGAACCAGUGCUGGACGAACUGAUUGAUGAAAGUGUGCAGGUGGCAACAAUGAACGAGUCUUCAGAAGAUUUGUUAGAUGAAAAUAAGCUCAAGAAGUUGGUGCAUAUGUGCAAGUAUUGUGAUGUAGCUUUCGCCAUGCAUAACGCUUGCCACGUUCAUGAAACCCAGGAUCACGAUCUGCUGGCGCCGUAUGCUUGUCAAUUUUGUGAAUUCAAGACCGCGAACAGAAAUAUUCUUAUCAACCAUAUCAAAGAUGUACACGGCAUCGAUAGACCGUAUAUUUGCAUUCAAUGCAACAAAGGCUUCCAUCGCAGGUCGGAUCUCAAGAAGCACACUUUUGUACACAGCGGAGUGAGGCCCUUCGCAUGUCAAGUUUGUGGGAAAAGUUUCUCGAGAAACACAAAUCUGACGAAGCAUUUGAGAAUUCACUCUGGUUUCAAGCCGCACAUUUGCAACACUUGCCCGAGGUCUUUUGCCAACAAAGCGGACUUAGUUCGACACCAAAACAUCCACAUGUCGCUGGGGAAACAGUUUUCUUGCAGCAAGUGCAAUAAUACAUACGCACGAAAAGACAAGCUCCUAAGCCACGAGAGAGUCUGCUUCGCCAAGCAUCAACUACAGCAGCAACAACAACAACAUCAUAUAACACAAAUCAUGACAACCAUUCCAAUAGGAACCGCCAGUGCAACGAUGACCCAGGCUGCGUUCGACGCUGAAAACAUGGUAAUAGCAUUAGAUCCGUACCAUGAAAUCGACCAAGUCACCACCGAGGACGAUCCUGGGAUUCUGAACGCAGCUCCGGUUUCCGCCAUUUCAGCGUUCUCCAAUAUAUCGCUCCCGCUAAGCCAAUCCUCAUCUAAGCUGUUUUCCUGUCAGAAAUGCCCCAAGAAAUUCCUCUCGAAAAACACCCUUCACACCCACCAGCUGACACAUUCGGACGUUCGGAACUAUCGUUGUCACACCUGCGACAAGAAGUUCAUCCGCAAGCGGGAGCUCGAUCGCCAUCUGACGGCGGUUCACAGCAACCACAAACCGUUCGAGUGCAAACAGUGCUCCAAGCGGUUCUCGCGCAAAGACAAACUGUUGCGCCACGAGCGAGUCCAUCGGGAGGAUAAAUUCUUCUCGUGCGUUUCGUGCGAUGCCAAAUUCCUCCGCAAGGAGGCACUCUCGGUGCACUCGAAAAUCCACUGCACCGCCUCGAUCCGGGACGAUCCGGCGGAUGUGAUAAUUAUGCUCGACGAGCAGGAUCAACUGCUGAAAAGCAUGGAACAUAUGCUGUCGUACUCGGCGGACGAUCUGGAGGUUAGCGCACUGGCGCCCUCGCUAAUGUGAAGCGUUUGCUCCUUAUAUUAAGGAUUAUUUCGUGGAUAAAACUAAGAGAUACAGAAGGAUAGCUAACCAAAAUCUCAGUGCGUUAGCGUGAAUGAAUGAGUAUUUAUUUCUGUUAUUAGUAAAUUCUAAGAAACUCGGUCUCAAGUGAAAUAUAUAUCGUAAAACCAA